AUGGUUCAUACAUCCGUUUCUUUCCAAGCGUCAAUAGACGCUAUCAAGGCAGCACUUCCUGAAAACCUACAGAAACCACGUGUUGGAAUCGUCUGUGGAUCUGGUCUCAGCGGCAUCGUCGAUAUUUUCAGAGAUACUAAGCUAGUCCCAUAUGAAAACAUCCCAGGCUUCUCGAAGAGCACUGUGCAAGGCCACAAGAGCUUCCUCGCGUUUGGGCUUUUAGGUGAGGGAGGGGUUCCUGUGGUGGCCAUGCUGGGAAGGUUCCACCCAUACGAAGGUCACCACUUGUCCUCCGUCGUGUAUCCGAUUCGCGUUAUGGCCAAAAUGGGCGUUAAGGAUCUCAUCAUUACCAAUGCUGCAGGAUCACUGAACCCAGCCAUUCCCGUUGGCACCAUCGUUGUGGUCCAGGAUCACCUAGCACUCCCCAACCUCACCGGAAUGAACCCUCUUCUUGGUCCACACACAGACCCAGAGCUUCCUCGCUUCUUACCCCUCUCAGAUGCCUAUUCCCCGGUUCUUCGAAGGCUCCUAUUCCUUGCGGCUCACCGCCUGCAGCUGGAAGAUUCCGCUCUUGCGGAAGGUACAUAUGCCUGGGUGAGUGGACCCACGUACGAAUCACCAGCUGAAGGUCGUUUCCUUCGACGCGUGGGUGCGGAUGUUGUGGGCAUGAGUACUGUCCCUGAAGUCCUCGCUGCGCGAGAAGAGGGCCUCAAUGUAAUGGUCCUAAGUCUGGUGACCAACUUUGUUGUCAUUCCGGAAACCUACAGAAGCAUCAAGGAAGAAGUCAAGGCCGAGCUUGCAGGUAAGAAGGUUGAGCUCCCUGAGGCGGAGACAGUCUCCCACGAAGAAGUGCUGGCCAUUGGAAAAGAGAAAGCGGGCGUUCUUAUGAAACUAGUUGAAAGCGUUGUCAAUGAUCUCUAG